AUGGUGGAAUUAUCUGGCGAGAAUACUAGAAUAAAAUUUGCUCCAUGCACUAUAUGUUCAGAACCAGGCUGUAGUACUAGUAAACAAAUUACAACAAUAACUAUUAAAGUAAUAACGGUAGUAAUAAGGAAUGAAGACGGAGAUAGUAUAACUAAUUCAUUUGUUGAAACAGACGUGUCACCUGUUGUGACCACAAUAGAGGCAUCAGAUCCAUCACAAAUUGAAGUUGAAACAACCGAAUAUCCGCAACAGUCACAUAAUGGUGAUGAACAGAGAAAAUAUUUGGUUUAUGCUUCUUUCAAAGCCAUUGAAAGUGCAGAGAAAACCGACGAUACUCAAUGGUUAACUUAUUG